CUUCAGCACCACAAGCAGCACCGAGGCAGCAAGCUAGCUAACGCCGAGGAGGAGGGAGAGGAGACACCGCACAACAUCAGUAUCAGCCCCGCACCGUGUCCGGAAGGCAGAUUCAACACAACUACCACCGUCCAAAACGCCGAUACCUCCGAGGGAAGGCACGCAAAAAAGAGCACAGCAGUCAUGUACGAUGAGGCAAGGGUGCCAUCCCCUAAGGAUGGUACAAACGGAGUGGCCCAGGUGGCGAUCCCAGCAGCGGGGGCAGGGCCGGCCACAGGACCAGGAGGGCCGGUGCCAACCCCAGUCCUACGACCUAAAGCUGAGGAAGGCCAGCCAGGAGAGGAGGAGGAGGAAGAGGAGCCGAAAGCAGAGCCUGUAUUGGUGAAAAAGCCACACAGAGAGAUUUUGGACCAUGAGAGGAAGAGAAGGGUGGAGCUCAAGUGCAUGGAGCUCCAAGAGAUGAUGGAGGAGCAGGGGUAUACAGAAGAAGAGAUUCGACAGAAAGUGAGCACAUUCAGACAAAUGCUGAUGGACAAAGAGGGAGUAAUCACCAGAGAGAGUUCACACACACAACCAAUGGUCAACCACCUGCACUAUGAGCAUGAUGACGAGUAUGAAGGUGACCCACAGAUGGUCGGCUAUGAAGAGGGAAACUAUGACCAAUAUUACCACGGUGACUACAGAAUGAAAAGGAAAUCAAGCAGCUCUCCAUCCCCUCGUCCUAAGAAGAGGAAGAAGAAGAAAUCUGGCCGCAGAAGGAGUCGGUUUGACAGCUCCUCACCCAGCCGCAGAGAGAAGAAGAAGAAGAGUGGGAAGAAACACAAACGAGACAGAUCCACGUCUGGUUCUCGGAGAAAGAGGAGAUACAGAUCGGGAAGCCCAAAGAACAAACACAAAGACAAGAACAAACAGAAGAAGAGGUCCCCUGGUGAGUCUCCCAGCAGGCGGUCCCAGCGUCGAGGCAGUUGCUGCAGCUCCCGUAGCGCCUCCCUGUCCUCCGCUCGGAGCACCUCCAAGUCUCCUGCCAGAGUGAACACCAAGCACAAGACAGACGGACACAAGGCGUCCAGCACCUCGCUGUCUCCGGGUCCCAACAGUCCCACGACGUGGCACAACGGGCACCACAGCCAGCGCACCCGCAACGGCAAAGCCAGCAGACUCAACCAUACUGAGGGCGAGAAAGAGCACAAUAAGCUCCGUGUGGUGACUGCUGGGUCCACGAGCGUCCAGUCCACCUUGCUGAGGGAGCCCAAACUCCACAGCAUCCCCAACAGGAGCCAAGCAGGACAGAUGGGCCUGGCGGGGAGAGGCUGGGGGUGGGAUGGCAGGCAUACAGCAUGGGGAGCUCCAUUCCCCAGACAUCAGGAGGAGGGGAGCCAGCGAGGCCAGGCUAAGAGCUCACACUCCCCUGCGCCCAGCAGCGACUCAGCCACCCCAGCACAACGAGGGAGGAACUCACACCACCAGAGGAAGACAAAAGGUGGCCAUUCAUCCAAGCGCCACCACCGCUCCAGUCGGACACAAGCGCAUCACCGAAGCCCGUCUGCAUCCCCGGGACGCCACUCGCACACGUCAAGCAGGAAGAAGGGCGAGUCUCGGAGCGGGCAGAACCUGCGACAGCGCAGCAGCUCCUGGAGCAGCGGGCGCUCGUCCUCGCGCUCCGCCUCCAGAGACCGAGGCCCCAGCAAGGCCAAGUCUCCGCACAACAGACAGAACAAUUCCAGGGAGAGAGACAGUCUGAACCACUCGGACGCCGACAGCCGGGCGCGGCGUCGCUCGCGGAGCUACUCCCCCAUCCGCAAGAGGAGGAGAGACUCACCCAGCUUCAUGGAGGCUCGCAGGAUCACCAGCGCUCGGAAGCGGCCGAUCCCCUACUAUCGGCCCAGCCCUUCAUCCUCCAGCUCCGCCAGCAGCCCGUCACGGUCCAGUCGCAGCCGCAGUCGCAGCUAUGACAGCUACAGCAGCUACAGCCGCAGCAGAAGCCACAGCCGGAGCCACAGCAGGAGCCGGAGCAGAAGCCGGAGCAGGAGCCGGAGCAGAAGCCGGAGCAGGAGUCGGACCAGGGGUCGAAGCCGGAGCCGGAGUCACUCCCGCAGCCAUCACAGCUACUACAGCCGCAGCAGCUACGACAGCCCGGGCUUUUGAGCAGAACAGAAUGCAAAGGAAGAGAGAAAAACAGCAAAGGAGAAAAAGUCCUUUUAGGUUUUGCUGUGCUCUGGUUCAGUCAUUAUGUAUCUUUAAAAAAGCUCUUGUACGGUCCGUGCACUGCAGUCCAGGGCCAUGACUCCUCUGCCCUCGACCAUUAUCUCUCUCUGCUACAGAGCCCGGAUCAAAGGGAGGAGAAAUGUCUUUUGAUAUAGUGCAUUGCUCCAAAAUAUCACUGUUCAUAUCUCCACAUACACAAGGUAUUCAAUGAAAGGGGUUAUCAUGGGUCAGAAAAUAAUUGGUAGAGCCUAAAGAACAAGUCCUACAAAAUGUUAGCACUUUUUCUGUAUUCUUCCACAAAGCAAAACCAACCAAAAAUGAAUUAAUUUAAAAAAUGAAAUAAUAUAUACAUAUAUAUAUCCUAAAAGUAGGUGUUGGGCUGAAGACAAAACGAGGACACAUCAAUGGAAAACAUUGUUUUAAAAAAUUAGACAUUUUUUGACACAUUUCAUUCUCCCCAAAGACAAUUAUGUUUCAUCGAAGAUCAACAAAAGCAAGAACAAAAGAAAAGUCCGCAAACGACAUGGGGAGCAAAGAAGGAACUUUUUUUUAUGACAAAAGUUGUAUCAUAUAGGUCGUUCUGUAUAGAUUGAAACUCUUUUAAGUUCUGGCUUUGUAAACUAUGCACUGUAUAUUCCAUAUAGUUUGAAAAGGCUUGUUUGAUGGCAACUUAGCAUGAUGCAUCGGGAGAGAGACUUGCUGCAUAUAGGAGAAAUACCUGGUCAACCUUAUGAUUCCCAGGGUGCAUCUGCACCUCCCCCCCUCCCGCCACUGACCUACACAGCAUGUUAACCCACAUGCAUACAGAGGAGCAACAGGAGAGAAAAUAACUAUGUAUUAUGUAUUUUUACUCUCUCCACCAUUUAAAGGAUUAUGUUGAUUCUGCUAAUUCCGACUGUUUAUUUGUGAGUGUGUGUGUGUGUGUGUGUGUGUAUGUAUGUGUGUGUGUGUGUGUGUGUGUGUGUGUGGAUGUGGGUGUGGGUGAGAGAGGGAAACCUGUACCUCCUCUGCAACGACCACUGAGGUAAUUAUUUAUGAGUUCUCCAUGUAGCCUGUGACAGAGGCUGCUGUAUGGUACUGUACAGGAAAAAAACAUCUGCAAAAAGCAUCCAUGCACUCAUGUGGCUCUGUUUUAACCACAGUUAUUUAUGAAUCUAUUUAUUCAUUUAUUUAUUUAUUAUGUUUAUUUAUUGUUUGUUUGUUGUUUAUUUAUUGUUUUGCCAUGAACUUGUCCAGCAACUGCCUCGAAGAUCGUACAUCUUGGGCAGACUGCUGCAGAUGUGCUCGCUUUUUAAGAUGUAUAUUUCUCUGUUUUACCAAAAUUUGAUUAUAACAAAGGCUUUCACUAUCGGAUUAGUGAGCAGGGUGUGCGUCCACACAUUCUGUGUGUUUCUGAUGCUCUGACGCAGUUAGCCAGUGGAGUCUUCACCCACAGGUACUCCCCAUAUGACGGACAUGGUGUGUUGUAAUGGCUUGUUUUGGUGCAAACUGUCAUGCCUCUGCCUGUAUUGAGGAGCGAGGGAUCAGACUUUUCACCCGUUCUCCUUGAAACGGAUGCAAAGAGGAGAGCUCAGUAGUCUAAUCUGUGUUCCGGUUUGUUCACAGCCACCACAAACUGUAGUUCCCUGUGUUAACCGGCUGCUCCGUGUUCUUCGUCAGAGGUCCCCUGAUUACUCAGCUUCUAGAGGAGUAUAGAUCAGAUGUAACCUAGCAUAGAACAGACACCAGCAGGCUCUGUACACGCCUACUCUGUCUACUGCUUCAGAGUACUGUACUGGUAUUAAAAAGAAUAAAAAUAAAAAUACAAACAAACUGGCGAUGCAAUCAGGGAACACCCUAAGUCUUCCUUACCAUUCGUCAAGCCUCAUGUCACUCCCGCAGUGUUGCAUUCCCAGUGUAACCAGAAUUAACCCUACUAUGAUACUCUGCAAACCUGUUCAGUUACUCCAAGUAUAGCAUUACCCCGUUUUAAUUCUACAAGAGUCAUUAUUUGUAGUGUACAAGUUAUUAUACCUGACAAUAAACAGAAACAAAUGGGAAAAUAAGUA